GCCGGAUGCCUGCCUGGAGCUCAACAGACAAAGACCAGAAGAUCACCAGGAUCUGUUGCUCCGACAGAUCUGUUGCUCCAUCACCGCCACCCUUACACGGAGCUUGUAACGUCUAUGUACACUAAGAGCAUAUGCACCAAGACAAAUUCCUUGUGUGUCCAAUCACACUUGGCCAAUAAAAAUUCUAUUCUAUUCUAUUGUAUUCCUCCCGCAUCUGGUUUCCUGAACAACAAUGGAGGAACUUCACGAAUCUCUGGAAGACGCUUUGUUAUUUGCCCUUGAUGACCUCUCUGGGGAAGAUUUCAAGAGGUUCAAGCAUAAACUCAGCUUUUCCUAUCUGGAGGAGAAGAAACCCAUCCCCUGGGCCAAGUUAAAGGAUGCCCACACGCUGGAUGUGUUGCAGCUUCUCUUGGAGGCCUUCGGAGAGCAGGGUGCGCAAGACACAACCGUUAAAGUCCUCCGUGCCAUCAACAUGCGAAAUUCCGCCUCCCGACUCCAAAAAUGGAAGUAUGAUGAUCUCAGGAAGAAAUAUAAGAGGCAUAUCCGAGAGGUUUUUCAAAAUCUUCCCCAACUUGGCCCGCACCCCAAUCGGAAGGUGACCCUCCAAGAGAACUAUGUAGAACUUCUUCUGAAGAGGAGACCAGAACUGCCCAAAAGAGGUCAUGAGAUGAUGGCUGCGGAAAGAAAGCACCAGGAGAUGAAGAACCAUCCAGAAGAUGGCCCAAAGGUUGAUCUGGAGAACUUAUUUCAUCCACAUCCUGAAGGAGAAAACUCAAAAACUGUCCUGUUGCUUGGACCUUCUGGGGUAGGUAAAACCUCAGCCACGUGGAAAUUCAUGUUGGACUGGGCAUCAGAUAAACUAUGGCCGACCAAGUUUGAUUAUGCCUUUUAUAUCUCUUGCAACACCCUCCGAUGUGGCACUAAACUUAUGAGUGCAAUGGAGAUGAUCUCCAACAGUUGUCCUCCAGGAAUGAUUUCCAUGGAGGACGUUUUGGCCAACCAAGACAACCUCCUCCUCAUUGUUGAUGGUUUUGAGGACUUGAAGUUCUCUGAUGUCCCAGCUGUUACGCUAGACAAGGAUCCGCAUCGAAAGCAGGAGGUGGUGAACCUGUUGAUAGGUCUGCUCAAGAAAAAGAUCUUCCCCAAGUGUCAUCUCCUGGUGACCGCAAGGCCCAUGGGUGUGAGCCCUCUGCUGAAGUGUCUGAGAUCGCCACUCUUGGUAGAUGUCUUGGGCUUUGACCUUCUUCGGAGGAAGGAAUAUUUCCACCGCUUCUUUCAAAAUAUGGAACAAGCCAACCAGAUCUUUGAACUGGUUCAAAGAAAUGAAGCUCUUCUCAGUAUGUGUUUCCUACCCGCAACCUGUUGGGUCAUUGGUUCCAUUUUCCAACAAAACCCACAGGCAGAACUUCUCCAAGAGAUCCCCGAAACGGCAACACUCACCGAAAUUCACCUGCGUCUCCUCUUGAGUUUCUUGGGUACCAAUUCCAGGCCAAGUCACCUGGAAGGCCUGUGCUCUUUAGCAAAAGACGGAAUACUCCACAGAACAAUGACCUUCCAUGAAGAAGAGCUAAAGGAACGUGGCUUGGAUUAUUGUUUGACUUCGGACUCUCCUUCUGCAAGCAGGAAAGUCUUCCACCAAGAUGUUCAGGUGGACACCUUGUACAGGUUCACCCACCUGAGUUUCCAGGAGUUUUUGGCAGCCUUGUUCUACCUGCUGGACACCGAGGAGACCACCGGAACACCUCACCGAGACCUGAGUGAGGUAUUUGGAGAUCAGAAGGAGUGCACCAGCAGGUACCUCGUGUUGAUCCGUUUUCUCUACGGCUUGUCCAACGUGGAAAGGAUGAGUUUCCUUCAAGAAUCGUGGUCCGUCAAGCUAUCCAGGACUAAAGUUUGGCCAGAAUUGCUAAGGUGGGUGGGUCAGGAAGCCAAAACUCACUCCUUUAAAAGGGAAGAGGCUCUGCUGGAAUUGUGUCAUUGUAUUUUUGACAUGAAGGACUCCGUCUUUGCCCAGAGAGCAAUGAAGGAUGUCCAUGACUUGGAUCUCAAAACACAACUUUUGACCAAGCUGGACUUCGAAGCUUUAUCCUUUUGCCUGUCAGCUGCUGAAGUUUUGAAUUCAGUCCGUCUCUCUGGCUGUGAGUUUGGACAUCAAAGAUUCCAGCAACUUUUGCCAGGAUUCCUGAAGUCUUCAGAGAUCCAGCUGAACCGCUGUAGCCUCUCUCCCAUUGCCUGCAAAGACUUGACUCCCGUCGCGAUGACCAACGCAAGACUGACCAGUCUGGACUUGGGUGAAAACCCCUUGGAGGAUUCCGGGGUCUCCUACUUGUGUGAAUGGCUGCUUCAGCCCACCUGCCCACUUCAAAGCCUCAGGCUGCCCUCCUGCAAUCUCACAGCUGCCGCCUGUCGGCCCCUUUCUCAAGUCCUCGAAUCUGGAUCUUCCCUUCUGGAGCUCAACCUGGGGGACAACCCUCUAGGUGACAGGGGAGCAAAGCUGCUGUGCCAAGGGCUGAAGCCCCCCUCUUCUCGGCUACAGAAACUCAUCUUACACUCCUGCGGCCUGACCGCCGGUGCCUGUGAAGACCUGGCCUCUGUCUUGGAAACCAGCGAGACCCUCUUGGAGCUGAACCUUGGCGAUAACAGCCUGGGAGACGAAGGGGUCAGGCAGCUGUGCCAAGGGUUGAGACAAAGGUGCUGCAAGCUUCAAAAGUUGAUACUUACAAUGAAAUCGUGCAACCGAAACACAAUGGGGAAAUUGCAGGCAGCUUGUGCGAGGCACCCUGGCUUAGUUCUGACUUCCUACUAUCCUCCGGAUUUUCCCCGCUUCCCAGGUACUGAAGAGUAAAAGUGGAGUUCACACCUGCUUUCCUGGUGCCCCUCAAAGGUUGGGAAUAUGGUGACACGGGUGGUAGGUGUGGAAACCUUCAAAGGCCAGCUCACCUUUUGCAUUACCUGUUGCGUCGCAAUCGUACAGCUGAUUCACAUGCCUGGUUAUGAGGUUCUGGGGGGCCCCCUGGGCUUGGCCAUGUGGAAGAUCUUCUCAACUGGAACUCCUCAAGAGGUUGAACGCCAUCUUUCAUAAUCCCCAACUAGCUUGUCAGAAGAAUAUUCUGGUCUGGUUUGAGCCAGGAUUCCUAUAAGAAUGCUACUGGAGUCACUGCUUGAAGAGGAAGAAGUUUGUUCAACAAAGAUGAUUAGAGGACUGGAGGCUAAAACUUAUGAAGAACGGUUACAGGAACAGGGUAUGCCUAGUUUAAUGAAAAGAAGGACUAGGGGAGACAUGAUAGCAGUCUUCCUAUAUCUCAGGGGUUGCCACAAAGAAGAGGGAGUCGGGCUUUUCUCCAAAGGACAAGAAGUUACGACAAGAAGCAAAGGAUUGAAACAAAUCAAACGCGUCCAGAAAUAUUUUACUAGAAGAGUUCUUCGCUCCUCCGAAAUCAACAAAAUACCUUAUACCACCAGGCUUGAAAUUCUGGGUUUAGAAAACUUAGAACUCCGCCAACUCCGACAUGAUCUGUGUUUAACACACAGAAUCAUCUAUUGUAAUAUCCUUCCUGUAAAAGACUACUUCAGCUUCAAUCGCAACAAUACAAGAGCAAACAAUAGAUUCAAACUUAAUGUCAACCGCUUCAAACUUGAUUGCAGAAAAUAUGACUUUUGUAACAGUUGUUAACGCUUGGAACUCAUUACCUGACUCCAUAGUCUCUACUCAAAACCCCAAAAUCUUCAACCAAAAACUGUCCACUAUUGACCUCACCCCAUUCCUAAGAGGACUAUAAGGGGCGUGCAUGAGAGCACAAAAGUGCCUACCGUUGCUGUCCUAUUGUUCUCUUCAUUAUAAUAUUAUAUGCAUACUUUUACUUUUACUUAUAUAUACUUUUUCUCUCAUGAUGAGUUAUUUUUAUGUUGAUGAUUAUAUAUACUGUUGUGACAAAAUAAAAUAAAAAAAAAAUCAAGGAGAGAUUCAACCUAGAACUAAGGAGGGAAUUUUCUGACACUGAGAACGGUUAACCAGUGGAACUGCCUGCCUCUAGAAGUUGUGGGUGCUCCAACACUGGAGGUUUUUAAAAAGAGAUUGGAUUUGUAUGAAAUGGUACUAUAGGGCAGUGGUGGGUUUCAAAUUUUUUACUACUGGUUCUGUGGGUGUGACUUGGUGGGCGUGGCAAGGCUUGGUGGGUGUGGCUUGGUGGGUGUGGCAGGGGAAGGAUACUGCAAAAUCCCCAUUUCCUCCCAAUCAGCUGGGACCUGGGAGGCAGAGAAUAGAGGGGGCAGGGCCAGUCAGAAUUUUUAUUACCGGUUCUCCAAACUACUCAAAAUUUCUGCUACCGGUUCUCCAGAACUGGUCAGAACCUGCUGAAACCCACCUCUGCUAUAGGGUCUCCUGCUUGAGCAGGGGGUUGGACUAGACGACCUCCAAGGUCCCUUCCAAUUCUGUUUGUCGUGUCCCACUUCUCCGCUGACGGCCGGGUUGGGGAAGUCCGUAUCAGGCGUGCCUCUACAGCUCUGCCAAAGUCCUAGCAAAGUCCUCAGGGCAGGCAGGAGACCAGAAAGUGACUUCAGCAAAAUAAGGUAGACUUUGCCUGACUCAGAGAAUGCCAGAAAGCAGAUCCUUUAUAUAGGCCAUGGGGUGUGGCUCCAUGACUCAGCACUUAUCCAGGCCUGCCCCUCCCUUCCUUCUGCUGACGCCGCCUAUCAAUUCUCCGGAAGCGAGGAUCUCUCCAGGCUCCAGCUGUUGGUAAUUGACAUUCCUCAGGCUCACAUGCUGUGGGGGAGGGGGAGCGGUCUAGUUGCUCCGUUUGCCUGGGCAUGGUGCCAGGGCUGGGGCCUGGAGGCAUGCCAGGAUAUUCCUCAGCGUUGGGAAGGAGAUAAGAGGGACCCGGCUGCGGGGAAAGCGAGCGAGACACAACACUGUUAUUUGAGAGCAUAGAAACAGCCCUUUGGGUAGCUACAAUUUUUGGGCAUAGAGGUUAGUAAUAUUUAUAAGAAAGUUGAUCCUUUGUGAGAGGUGUGUGAACGUGCCCUUUGUACUGCUUAAUUUGGUGGAUAUGCAGCCCCAGUAGGGCUGCCCUUAUCUUAGUUUGCAAAUAUCUUUUCUUUGGUAUGUGUCUAUAUGCUGAUUCUGGAAUGCUACAUCUGUAUGCUCAGGGAAAUUUGUAUUAUAAGGGAUUUUCCCUGUUUGCUAUUAUUUGCAUGAUUUAAUCAAUUCCAGCCUAGCUGUUAAUUAUCGACUAAAAUUAGUUAAAAAGUAGUUCAGCAUAUUGUCUUUUCAAUAUAGUUCCUGAAGAGUUGUUGGGUCAUCUCCAAAGACCAUCCCAUGAGCCACAUUGGCGCAGUGAUUAACUGCAUGGCCUAAAACAGAGCCAUGCAGUGGAGUACCCCAAGGCUCUGUUUUAGGCCCAGUACUCUUCAACAUCUUCAUCAAUGACUUGGACGAGGGGGUAGAUGCGGAACUCAUCAAAUUUGCCGAUGACACCAAGCUGGCAGGAAUAGCCAACACUCCAGAAGAUAGGCUCAAGUUACAGAAAGAUCUUGACAGACUUGAAUAUUGGGCGCUAUCUAACAAAAUGAAAUUCAACAGUGAAAAAAGUAAGGUUCUACAUUUAGGCCAAAAAAACAAAAUGCACAGGUACCGUAUAUGUGGUACCUUGCUCAAUAGUAGUAACUGUGAAAGGGAUCUUGGAGUCCUAGUGGACAACCAUUUAGAUAUGAGCCAGCAGUGUGCAGCAGCUGCUAAAAAAGCCAACACAGUUCUGGGCUGCAUAAACAGAGGGAUAGAAUCAAGAUCAUAUGAAGUGCUGAUACCACUUUAUAAUGCCUUGGUAAGGCCACACUUGGAAUAUUGCAUUCAGUUUUGGUAGCCACAAUGUAAAAAAGAUGUUGAGACUUUAGAAAUGGAGCAGAGAAGAGCAACAAAGAUGAUGAGGGGACUGGAGGUUAAAACAUAUGAAGAAUGGUUGCAAGAACUCAGUAUGCCUAGUUUAAUGAAAAGGACUAGGGGAGACAUGAUAGCAGUCUUCCAAUAUCUCAGGGGUUGCCACAAAGAAGAGGAAGUCGGGCUGUUCUCCAAAGCACCUGAGGGUAGAACAAGAAGCAAUGGGUGGAAACUAAUCAUGGAGAGAAGCAACUUAGAACUAAGGAGAAAUUUCCUGACAAUUAGAACAAUUAAUCAGUGGAACGACUUGCCUGCAGAAGUUGUGAAUGCUCCAACACUGGAAGUUUUUAAGAAGAGAUUGGACAACCAUUUGUCUGAAAUGGUGUAGGGUUUCCUGCCUGGGCAGGGGGUUGGACUAGAAGAACUCCAAGGUCCCUUCCAACUCUGUUGUUGUUGUUGUUGUUGUUGUUGUUGUUAUUAUUAUUAUUAUUAUUAUUUUAUUACUACUAUUAUUACAACGCAGUGCUGAAGGCUACUUCUGCUGACUGCUGGCUGCCUGCAAUUUGGCAGUUCAAAUCUGACCAGGCUCAAAGUUGACUCAGCCCUCCAUCCUUCCAAGGUGAGUAAAAUGAGGACCCAAACUGUUGGGGGCAAGAGGUUGACUCUGUAAACCGCUUAGAGAGGACUGGAAAGGACUGGAAAGCAGUGUAUAAGUGCUAUUGCUAUGUAGAAUACAUUGCAGCAGUCCAGCUUGGGGCUGCUCAAACCAUUAGUUACUCUUGCCAAGGUUCUUUGGACCAAUAGGGAUGAAGCUCGUGCACUAGCCAAAAUUACGAGGAGCCAUCUCACCCCAACAGCAUCAGCCUGCACCACUCUUUCCAGAGGAGGCAUGGCAUGGACUCCAUCAGUCAAGGAAUUCCGGCUGGCAGGUCAUGCAAACACCUCCAUUAUUACCUGAAUCAAUGUUUCUUAACGUCAGCAACUUUAAAAUGUGUGGACUACAACUCCCAGCUUGCUGGCUGGAGAAUUCUGGGAGUUGCCCACAUCUUAAAAGUUAGAAUAGAAUUCUUUAUUGGCCUAGUGUGAUUGGACACACAAGGCAUUUGUCUCCGGUGCAUAGGCUCUCAGUGUGCAUACAAGCAACAAGUGAUAACUCAUGAUCCCAGUCAUCAUAAAUAGAAUAGAAUAGAAUAGAAUAGAAUAGAAUAGAAUAGAAUAGAAUAGAAUAGAAUAGAAUAGAAUAGAAUAGAAUAGAAUUGAAUUUUAUUGGCCAAGUGUGAUUGGACACACAAGGAAUUUGUCUUGGUGCAUAUGCUCUCAGUGUACAUAAAAGAAAAGAUACGUUCAUCAAGGUACAACAUUUACAAGCAACAAGUUAUAGUCAUACAGUCAUAAGUGGAAAGAGAUUGGUGAUGGGAACUAUGAAACGAUUAAUAGUAGUGCAGAUUCAGUAAAUAGUCUGACAGUGUUGAGGGAAUUAUUUGUUUAGCAGAGUGAUGGCCUUCGGGAAAAAACUGUUCUUGUGUCUUGUUGUUCUGGUGUGCAGUGCUCUAUAGCGUCGUUUUGAGGGUAGGAGUUGAAACAGUUUAUGUCCAGGAUGCGAGGGAUCUGCAAAUAUUUUCACGGCCCUCUUCUUGAUUCGUGCAGUAUACAGGUCCUCAAUGGAAGGCAAGUUGGUAGCAAUUAUUUUUUCUGCAGUUCUAAUUAUCCUCUGAAGUCUGUGUUUUCUUGUUGGGUUGCAGAACCGAACCAGACAGUUAUAGAGGUGCAAAUGACAGACUCAAUAAUUCCUCUGUAGAAUUGGAUCAGCAGCUCCUUGGGCAGUUUGAGCUUACUGAGUUGGCGCAGAAAGAACAUUCUUUGUUGUCCUUUUUUAAUGAUGUUUUUGAUGUUAGCUGUCCAUUUGAGAUCUUGCGAUAUGAUAGAACCCAGAAAUUUGAAGGUUUCUACUGUUGAUACUGUGUUGUCAAGUAUUGUGAGAGGUGGAAGUAUGGAAGGGUUUUUCCUAAAGUCUACCACCAUUUCUACGGUUUUGAGUGUGUUCAGUUCCAGAUUGUUUUGGUUGCACCACAAGGCUAGUCGUUCGACCUCUCGUCUAUAUGCGGAUUCGUCAUUGUCUCGAAUGAGACCAAUCAAGAAUAGAAUAGAAUAAAGAAUAGAAUAGAAUAGAAUAGAAUAGAAUAGAAUAGAAUAGAAUAGAAUAGAAUAGAAUAGAAUUUUUUAUUGGCCAAGUGGGCGUGCAUAAGAUAUAAGAUAUAUAUAAGAUAUAAGAUAUUGUGCAUAAGAGCACAAUAGUGCCUACUGUUCCUGUCCUAUUGUUCCCUUCAUUAUAUCAAAUUAAUAUAGUUGAUGCAUUUUUUUACUUAUAUAUAUAUAUUUUAUUCAAGAUAUGUUGUUUUAUCUAUGACAAUUGUUUGUGUAUACUGUUG